AUGCCAGUUAUUAGAAGGGAAUAUUUAGUAAAAAAUAGACCAUGUCCUAUUGGGAUUGUUAAUAAAAAGUUAAGUAUGAAUUAUACAAAAUCAAUAACUAAUAACGGGAAGAAAUCUAUAAAUUAUUCUCAUAAUAGUAUAAUGAAUGUAAUGUUAGAUAAAAAAAAGGGUCAACAUUUACUAAAAAAUCCGGGUAUAUUGGAUAAAAUAGUUGAGGCUUCUGAUAUAAAACCUACAGAUAUAGUAUUAGAAAUAGGACCAGGAACAGGUAACUUAACUAUGAGAUUAUUACCUUUAGCAAGAAAGGUUAUUGCUUUUGAUAUUGAUCCAAGAAUGGUUGCUGAAGUUAAAAAAAGAUCAAUGAAUGCCGGAUAUAAUAAUUUAGAAGUUAAAGAAGGAGAUGCACUUCGUAGUGAUUUGGGAAAAUUUGAUAUAUGUACUGCUAAUUUACCAUAUCAAAUAUCUUCACCAUUUGUAUUUCGAAUAUUAUCACAUAAACCUACAUUUCGCUGUGCAGUAUUAAUGUUUCAAGAAGAAUUUGCUUUAAGAUUAUUAGCAGAACCAGGUGAUAAACAUUACUGUCGUUUAACUUUAAAUACUAAAUUAUUAUGUAAAGUUAUAAGAGUAUGUAAAGUAUUACCAGGUAGCUUUAAUCCACCUCCAAAAGUAAAUUCUAUGGUAGUUAAAUUUAUCCCUAAAACUUGUCCAAUUCCUGUUAAUUUUAGAGAAUGGGAUGGUUUAAUGAGGAUAUGUUUUUUACGUAAAAAGAAAACAAUAAGGGCUAAUUUUAAAGGUAGUUCUACUCUAACUAUGUUAGAAAAUAAUUAUAAAACAUGGUGCUCUUUAAAUAAUCAAGUUCCUCAAAACAAUGUGCCAUUUAAAGAAUUUGUAUUCAAAAUAUUAGAAAAUACAGGAUUAGAAUCCAAACGUGCAUUUAAUAUUAGUAUAGAUGAAUACUUCAAACUCUUAUUAGAAUUUAAUAAAAAUGGAAUUCAUUUUGUAAAUGUAGCAUAUAAAUUAGAUAGUUCUGGUAUUUCUGAACAAAUGUUUAUUGAAGAUGAAAUAAUGAGUGAAAAUAGUGAAUAG